CAGUAACUGAACAUUUUCUGCUUUCCAUAUCCAUAACGAAAGAAUGAUGUCCCCAUCUAGGCUACCUAAAAACAGGAUGAAGAUUUUUUUUAAGUUUCUUUUCAUAUGUCAGAUUGCUUCUCCAGAACCACACUCCCUGGUGUAUGUUCUUUGUGGUAUCUCAGGAAGCUCCAAAUUCCCUGAAUUUUUGGCCUAUGGAAUAGUUGAUGGAGUUCAAAUUGGUUAUUGCGACAGCAACACAGACAUAAAACCAGGAACACCUUGGAUGAACAAACUAUUCGAGGGUGAACCCCAGCAUCUAAAGUGGUUGAAAAAUAAAUGCCACAACAACUGGUUUAACUUCCAAGCAGCCAUUACAACUCUGAAACAACGCUUUAACCAGUCGGAGGGUGUCCAUAUUUAUCAAAGAAUGAAUGGAUGUUUUUGGGAUGAUGAAACCGAAGACUUUGAUGCUUUUAACCAGUAUGGUUAUGAUGUUCAUCCUUCAGUGUCUCUCCUCCAGAAGAUUUCCUCCCCAGUGGUCACAUGCCACGCUACUGGUUUCUUUCCUGAAAGAGCCAUGUUGUACUGGCGGAAAAAUGGAGAGGAGAUCCAUGAAGGAGUGGAGAACGGAGAGAUCCUCCUCAAUAAUGAUGGGACCUUUCAGAUAAGUGUGGACCUCAGCGUUUCGUCAAUCAAUGAUCAAGACUGGAACCAAUAUGAUUGCCUUUUUCAGUUCUCUGGUUUAGAGGAUAAAGUCACCACCAGACUCGAAAGGGCCGUGAUCAAGACAAAUCCAGCAGCGCUGUUUUUAAUCAUUUAA